AUGAGUCAAAGUAUCGUUAUUUCUCACAAGGAUGGUCAAUGGAAUGGUGACAAAAUUCAUAAUGGAGCAAGUAAAAUUGAACUUGGAAAAUACAAAGAGCUUAAAGUUGCAGUAAAACAUUUUGACGGCAAGGUAAAUGUGAAUAAAGUAAUCCGUGAACUUAGAAAACAUCGUCAUCUAAGGAGUUCGAAUUCGAACAUAAAAAAUGUAAUAACCUUCUACGGCGUGGUUAGAAAGCCAAAUGACAGGAUCUGCCUGGUUAUGGAAUACGCAAGAAAUGGAAAUUUACAUGAAUAUCUUUCAAGAAAUCUACUUGAUUGGAAAAUCAAAGCAGGAUGGAUUAUUGAUGUUUCAAGAGGGCUGCUAGCAUGUCAUGAAAAUGAUAUUGCACAUCUAGACAUGAAGGCUGCAAAUAUUUUUGAUCACAAUUUAACAUUAAAGAUUGCGGACUUCGGGUUUAGCUAUAUGAAGUCUGGAUUAGAUAUUGGAGAUAUUGGAUAUGCGAACCGAAAAUCACUCCAAUGGGUUUCACCUGAGUACAUUUCCGAAGAUCAGAAAAUGAAAGACUAUUAUAAAGGUCAACCAGACCUUUCAGACAUUUAUAGUUUUGGUUUAGUUGCAUGGGAAAUUUUGACAAAUGGGAAAGAACCAUAUGAUGGCAUGGAUAGUAAUGAAAUUGAAGAAGCUAAACGUUCUAAAAGAAUUGAUGAUCUAACUGAUGAACUUAGAGAAAGAGAUACACCAGGUGUAUUAAGAAAAAUAGUAGAAAAAUGCUGCAUUUAUAAUCCUCCCGAUCGUAUAGCCUUGGAAGAAAUUGAACUUCUCUUAUCAGAUUUCAAUUAA